GUAGGAUUUGCGUUCCAUACGCUAGUCAACAAUCGUGCCGUUACCGACCUGUCCUGCGCCUGCGCUCUUAGCGCCGUAUGUAAGGUAAUGAGUGUCUGGUGACAGCUUUGACGCUGUAUACCGGGCGUUAUGUCGCGAUCAUCGGCGAUGCCGAGGAUCUACAUCGGGCGGCUCAGUCAUCGCGCCAGGGAGAGUGAUGUGGAGCGCUUCUUCAAGGGCUUCGGAAAGAUUUUGGAGGUGGAUCUAAAGAAUGGCUAUGGCUUUGUGGAGUUUGAAGAUGUCCGCGAUGCUGAUGAUGCUGUGUACGAAAUGAAUGGAAGAGACCUAUGUGGCGAGCGCGUCAUUGUGGAACACACACGUGCACCAAGGAGGGGUUUACACAAUGGCUUUGGGUACCGCAAAAGUGCUGGUGACAAGUUUGGACCUCCAGUUCGCACAAUGUAUCGCCUAAGGGUGGAAAAUCUGUCUACACGGUGUAGUUGUCAAGACUUAAAGGACUUUAUGAGUCAAGUGGGGGAGGUCACUUUUUCUGAUGCUCACCACCUACGACCAAAUCAAGGAGUCAUAGAAUUCCGUUCAUACUCUGAUCUCAAAAGAGCACUAGAAAGACUGGAUGGCAAAGAGAUCAAUGGUCGAAAGAUCCGUCUUGUGGAGGAUAGGGCUGGGUCCUGGGUCAAACGCUCUUCCUCACGCAGCCGUUCAAGGUCAAAUCUCAGAUCUCGAUCAUGGAGGAGCAGCCACUCUAAAUCAAGAUCACGUAGCAGAAGCAGGCGAAGAACCCGGAGGAGCAGGAGUCGCAGUGGAGACAGGAAACAAAGCAGAAGUGUUAGCAAGGGAAGAAGGGAUAGCAGAAGUCGCACUAAAGACAGAAGCACAAGUAAAAGUAGCAGAAGUGUAAGCAAGAAGAAGAGGGGACAAAGUCAAAGCUACAGUGAAAGUACAGUAAAAAGGAGCAAAAAUAGGAGCAGGAGUCCUAGUAAACCGAGAAAGACUAAAGCUAGCCGAAGCCCUAGUACAGAACAAAAUAAGAGUGCUAGUCCAAGCAAAGAAAGACAAAACAGGAGUCAAAGCAAAGAUAGGGACUACAAAAAUAAAGAAAGAAAUCGCAUAAGUGAGAGGGAGAAGAAUGGUAGUCAGGACAGAAGUCCAGCAGAGGUGUUUGGAGAAAGGGAAAGAAGUCUGAGCAGGGAGAGACAAAGAAGCCACAGUACAGAAAAAAUGGAUAGUAAUGAAAGAAAGGAUAGGGAUAGAAGCAGAAGCAAGGGUAGGAGAGAUAGAAGUGGGACCAGGGAGAGAGAGGAUAGGGACAGAAGCCAGAGCACAGAAAGAAGAGUGAAACCUAGCAGGAGAAGCAGAGACAGGAGUCUGAGCAAUGAAACUGAGAGAAACAGCAGCUACAAUGAUACAUACAGUCGAUUCAAAGAUAGAAGCAAAAGUAAUAAAGAGGUGGAGAGUAAUGGUACAAGAAGCCGCAGUCAGAGCCUAGAGAAAAAUCAGAAAUGUGGCUAUGAAGAUCGCAGCAGCAGUAGUGAGCCGCCUGACAAAGGUAACACAGUAGACACUGCGGCAUUUACUACAGAGUCAGAUAAGGAAAUUCAGGAAGAUGUCACUAUAUGCGUAAAAGAAGAAACUGAAGAUGAUGACAUUGCUUCAACUCCUCCAAAAGCUAUUUCCCCAGAAGGCACAGAAGAAGAAGAAGAAGAAUUAUCCCCUCCACUCAGAUCUCCAACAGCAGUCUAGAUCCUCCUCCCCUACAGAGCCUUGACAGUUUUCUGAUUCCCUUUUAUUAAACGGAGUUGCACUCUGCACCUUAUGUUAAUGUUUUAUAUUUAUUUCAAAAAUUAAAACCUCGUCUGGUCUGUAAGCCCACUGUUCUUUUUAAGGACAAAGGUGUAACAAAACUUGGAAGAGUAAUAUUUUGUAUGCUGUCUUCGGACCAUGACGUAUUCAUAAGGAGAGCACUCCCCUCCCAAUUUCAUCCUGCCUUUUGUGUGUUGUCCUUUACAGCUAGCUGUUAUGUAUCGGUAUACAAAGCAGCCCAUGAAUACAUAAGUGGCAGUUAGAGCUCUUCCCAUAAGAAUACACCAGACUCGUAUGGGGAGAUUUAUUAAAACCUGUGUAGAAGAGCUGUGGUAAAAAAAUAAAAAGCAAUCUGGUGGUUGCUAUAGGCAACUGCACUACUCUUUUCAUAGGUUUUGAUAAGUCUCCUCCAUAAUUUGUGUCUGGUGUACUCAGUGAUCACUCCUGUUAGCACAAUACUUUUCUGUACUGUUUUUGGUUAAUCGGAGAAUAGACCUGUCCCCAUACUGUACUGCUUUUUAUAUAGUUCUGCAUAGUCAAAUGACAGAUCUGAUUUUCACCAUGAGUAACACAUCUAGCUUAUCGGUUCAGUUUGUGCAGCCAAUCUCCGGUGAAUUUAGUGAAAAGUGACAACCUAUGCAUGGCCAACUUCAUGCUUUUAUACCACUCAGCGUUCUUAGCAGUUGGAAACCCACUGAUCAUACAUUCAUUGUGUUUUAUAUUUUAUUGAUGGUGUAUGGCUUGUUUUAGGUCAACCAUUGAACAGAAAAAUACAACCAAGAGGAGCUGCCACUACUUUCUAGUGAUAUAAGCAGUAUGCCAUUAGCAGCCAUGGGAAAACCCUUUUAUUGUUAGGCAGUUGUUGAGUGGUAUAAACAGAUUAAAAAAAAUACUACCCUAAAAUCUUGUGGAAAGUUAAAUAAUUACUUUUAUUAUUUCAAAGGAUUUGUUACAAGUCAAGACAUUUGUUACCAGACAGAGCUCUGUACGCUAGGCUAUCGAUGAGGUGCACUAUUGAGGCACCUGUAUCCACUAAACAGCUAACAGGAUCAGUGGCCGAUCAGUCAUAUGUGAAAUUGUUCAUAGAUUCAAUUGCCUACAUGCCAGACUGAACUGGCAGAUAAGAGCUGUGUCUGUUGACAGAUGCUUUUUUAAAUAACUUGUCAUUGAUGUGUAAAUUUUUUUGUGCCUGUGCCAACUACUGUUUGUUUUUUUUGUUUUAGGCUCUUUUUUUAUAAUUCAUCCUUUUUCAGUUUAAAUAAAAAGUAUUUUCUUCAGUGCCA